AUGCAGUGGGGUGCCGCGCUGUGCCUGCGCCUGUGGCUCUGCCUCGGACUGCUCGACAACGAGCGCCUGGCCAGUGGCUACUCCAUGACCCCGCCAACCCUGAACAUCACGGAAGAGACAUAUGUCAUCGAUUCCAGUGACAGCCUGUCCAUCUCCUGCAGGGGGCAGCACCCCCUGGAGUGGGCCUGGCCCGGGGCUCAGGAUGUGCCAGCCCCAGAGGAGAAGGAUGGUGAGGACACGGGGACCGUGCAAGACUGUGAAGGCACAGACGCCCGGCCCUACUGCAAGGUUCUGCGGCUGCAGGAGGCCCACGCCAAUGACACAGGCAGCUACCGCUGCUACUAUAAGUACAUCAAGGCUCGCAUUGAGGGCACCACUGCGGCCAGCACCUACGUAUUUGUGAGAGACUGGCAGCAGCCAUUCAUCAACAAGCCAGACACACUCCUGGUCAACAGGAAGGACUCCAUGUGGGUGCCCUGCCGGGUGUCCAUCCCCGGCCUGAACGUCACACUGCGCUCGCAAAGCGCGGCACUGCAACCUGAUGGACAGGAGGUGGUGUGGGACGACCGCCGGGGCAUGCGGGUGCCCACCCCUCUGCUGCGCGAUGCUCUGUACCUGCAGUGUGAGACCAGCCGGGGCGGCCAGGCCUUCCUGUCCAACCCCUUCGUCGUGCACAUCACAGGCAACGAGCUCUAUGACAUCCAGCUGUUCCCCAAGAGAUCGCUGGAGCUGCUGGUUGGGGAAAAACUGGUCCUGAACUGUACCGUGUGGGCCGAGUUCAACUCAGGUGUCACCUUUGACUGGAACUAUCCAGGGAAGCAGGCAGAGCGGGGUAAGUGGGUACCAGAGCGGCGCUCCCAGCAGACUCACACAGAGCUCUCCAGCAUCCUCACCAUCCACAACAUCAGCCAGCGUGACUUGGGUCCCUACGUGUGCCAGGCCAACAAUGGUAUCCAGCAGUUCCAGGAGAGCACUGAGGUCAUUGUGCACGAGAAGCCCUUCAUCAGCGUCGAAUGGCUCAAGGGUCCAGUUCUAGAGGCCACAGCAGGAGAUGAGCUGGUGAAGCUGCCUGUGAAGCUGGCAGCAUAUCCCCCACCGGAGUUCCAAUGGUACAAGGACAAAAAGGCCGUGUCCGGGCGCCAUAGUCCCCAUGUUCUGGUGCUCAAGGAGGUGACGGAGGCCAGCGCAGGCAUCUACACCCUGGCCCUGUGGAACACCGCGGCUGGCCUCAGGCGUAACAUCAGCCUGGAGCUGGUGGUUAAUGUACCCCCCCACAUCCACGAAAAGGAGGCCUCCUCCCCCAGCAUCUAUUCCCGCCAUAGUCGCCAGGCCCUCACCUGCACGGCCUACGGGGUGCCCCAUCCUCUCGGCAUCCAGUGGCACUGGCGGCCGUGGACACCCUGCAGGACCUUCAGCCAGCGCAGCCUCAGCCAGCAGCGGCAGCAGCGAGACCGAAUGCCACAGUGCCAGGACUGGAGGGAGGUGACCACACAGGAUGCUGUGAACCCCAUUGAGAGCCUGGACACCUGGACAGAGUUUGUAGAGGGCAAAAAUAAGACGGUGAGCAAGCUGGUGAUCCAGGAGGCCAAUGUGUCCGCCAUGUACAAGUGCCUGGUCUUCAACAAAGUGGGUCAGGAUGAGCGGCUCAUCUACUUCUACGUGACCACCAUCCCCGACGGCUUCAGCAUAGAGGCACAGCCAUCAGAAGAGCCCCUGGAGGGCCAGGCCGUGCGCCUGAGCUGCCGGGCUGACAGCUACACAUACGAGCAUCUGCACUGGUACCGCCUCAACCUGUCCGCGCUGCACGACGCGCAGGGGAACCCACUGCUGCUUGACUGCAAGAGCGUGCACCUGUUUGCCACGCCACUGGCCGCCAGCCUGGAGGAGGUGACGCCCGGCGAGCGCCACGCCACGCUCACCCUCACCAUCCCCAGUGUGGCGCCGGAGCACGAAGGCGACUACGUGUGUGAGGUGCAGGACCGGCGCAGCCGUGACAAGCACUGCCAUAAGAAGUACCUGUCUGUGCAGGCCCUAGAAGCCCCACGGCUCACACAGAACCUAAGCGACCUCCUGGUGAAUGUGAGUGAUUCCUUGGAGAUGCGGUGCCCAGUGGCUGGGGUGCACGUACCCAGCAUCGUGUGGUACAAAGAUGAGAGGCUGCUGGAAGAAGAGUCUGGAAUCGACCUGGCGGACUCGAACCAGAGGCUGAGCAUCCAGCGCGUGCGCGAGGAGGAUGCGGGCCACUAUCUGUGCAGUGUGUGCAACGCCAAGGGCUGCGUCAACUCCUCUGCCAGCGUGGCUGUGGAAGGCUCUGAGGAUAAAGGCAGCAUGGAGAUCGUGAUCCUUGUUGGCACCGGGGUCAUCGCUGUCUUCUUCUGGGUCCUCCUUCUCCUCAUCUUCUGUAACAUGAGCAGGCCAACCCACGCAGACAUCAAGACUGGCUACUUGUCCAUCAUCAUGGACCCUGGGGAGGUGCCUUUGGAGGAGCAGUGUGAAUACCUGUCCUAUGACACGAGUCAGUGGGAGUUCCCCCGGGAACGGCUGCACCUGGGGAGAGUCCUCGGCCACGGGGCCUUUGGGAAGGUGGUGGAAGCCUCAGCCUUCGGCAUCAACAAGGGCAGCAGCUGUGACACUGUGGCCGUGAAAAUGCUGAAAGAGGGUGCCACAGCCAGCGAGCAUCGCGCCCUGAUGUCGGAGCUCAAAAUCCUAAUCCACAUUGGUAACCACCUGAACGUGGUCAACCUCCUGGGGGCUUGCACCAAGCCCAAUGGCCCUCUCAUGGUGAUCGUGGAGUUUUGCAAGUAUGGCAAUCUCUCCAACUUCUUGCGCACCAAGCGGGAGGCCUUCAAUCCCCGCGCGGAGAAGUCUGCUGAGCAGCGAAGGCACUUCUGCUCCAUGGUGGAGGCCGCCAAGGCUGACCAGAGGAGGCCAGGGAACAGCGACGUGGCCCUCCUCACAAGGCUCCUAACGGGCAAGGGCGGGGCGGGGCGGGCCGCUCCAGUCCAAGAAGCCAAGGACCUGUGGCUGAGCCCGCUGACCAUGGAAGACCUUGUCUGCUACAGUUUCCAGGUGGCCCGAGGCAUGGAGUUCCUGGCCUCUCGAAAGUGUAUCCACAGAGACCUGGCCGCUCGAAACAUCUUGCUGUCAGAAAGUGACGUGGUGAAGAUCUGUGACUUUGGCCUGGCCCGGGACAUCUACAAAGACCCUGACUACGUGCGCAAGGGCAGUGCCCGGCUGCCCCUGAAGUGGAUGGCCCCCGAGAGCAUCUUCGACAAGGUGUACACCACGCAGAGUGACGUGUGGUCCUUUGGGGUCCUGCUGUGGGAGAUUUUCUCCCUGGGGGCCUCCCCAUACCCUGGGGUGCAGAUCAAUGAGGAGUUCUGCCAGCGGCUAAAAGAAGGCACCCGGAUGAGGGCCCCAGAGCUAGCCACUCCUGCCAUACGCCACAUCAUGCUGAGCUGCUGGGCGGGAGACCCCAAAGAGAGGCCUGCAUUCUCAGAUCUGGUGGAGAUCCUGGGGAACCUGCUUCAGGGCAGGGCCCAGCAGGACGAUGAGGACUGCAUGGCUCCUCGUGGUCCUCAGAGCUCGGAGGAAGGCAGCUUCUUGCAGGCGUCCACCACGGCCGUGCACAUCACAGAGACGGAUGCUGACACAGAGGACAGCCCGCUGAGCCUGCACCAGCACAGCCUGGCCGCCAGAUAUUAUAACUGUGUGUCCUUUCCGGGAUGCCUUGCCAGAGGGACUCAAACCCAGGGUUCCUCCAGGAUGAAAACGUUUGAGGAAUUUCCCAUGACCCCAACUACCUGCAAGGCUAUCGUGGACAGCCAGACGGACAGUGGGAUGGUGCUGGCCUCCGAGGAGUUUGAGCAGCUGGAGAGCAGGCACAGAGAAGAGAGCAGGCUCAGCUGUAAAGGACGGGGCAGGAAUGUGAACGUGACCACGGCCCACCUCGACCCCCAAGGGAGGCGGCGGCCCGAGCUGGGACCCCGGGGCCAGGUGUUCUACAACAGCGAGUACGGGGAGCUGGCGGGGCCCCCGGAGGAGAGCGCCAGCACCCCAGCCGCCCGAGCGCCCUUCUUCACAGACAGCAGCUACUAA